CGCAGUGCUCGUCGGGCCAUGUGCUAGAGAGGAAUGGCAAUAGUGUACAGUGUCGUGGUGAAAACACGGGGAAAUGCUGCCACGUCUCCUCUCCACCACCUCCGGCAGAGUUCCCAUCGCUUUGAAAUAAUCGAAAAGCUUAAAAGACAUUCAGAUCCACUGUACUUAUGUUUUAUCCGAAAUCUCCGUUUUUGGGUAGUCCCCUGCUGGAGGGCGAGAUCCUGAAAGUGAAUACGGCUGCACUUGCUCCACUGCUGGAAUGGCUGUGCCUGACACCAAAAGUCACCACGUACCGGGUCAACAUUCACCGCACUUCCGUUGAAGCCUUCCGUGAGAAGUUGGAGCAUAAACUCGAGGCUCGCUACGGCCAGAAAUCUCCAAAGAUUUAUGGGUUGCCGAACCUGCCCGAGAUGUUGUGCAUUGAACCUCUAGUCACACAGUUGCCAGAGGCCUCUGCCGAUCCCUCGCUCAAGGAGAUCAUAGUAGACACCAGUUGCGGAGCCGCCCUGCUGCGAGGUGCUCACAUAUACGCCCCCGGCGUCCUCGCCAUGGAAUCCAACACUCAGCUCCAGGAAUCGGUCAGCGUUUACGCCGAUCUAAGUGGAAAAUGCAAGCGCGGUUCGGUAACCCGCUAUGAAAGUCCCGAGAAGAUCUUCCUGGGCACGGGCAAGGUAUUGAUGCAGCGAUACCAGUUGUUCAACGACUCCCACGAACCAGCUACUGGAGUUGCCGUGGAAAUGCAGUCCAACGUCAGCGGAGUGCCCUCGCUGGGAGAUCUGAGCAACAAAGACGCAUUGCUUCAGAACCUACCCUCCAUUGUGUGCGUGCGCGUCCUCGCUCCGCAGCCCGGCGAACGCGUCCUGGACAUGUGCGCUGCCCCCGGAAACAAGACGAGCCACAUAGCCGAGCUAAUGGGCGACCAAGGGUCCGUGGUGGCUCUGGACAACUCCAAAAGUCGCGUGCGCAGCAUGCUCCCCAAAUUGGAGCACUACAAGAGCAUUACGGCUCAUGUGUUUGAUUCCACUAAGGCAGUGGCCGCUGCUCACAAUGAAACAGUCACUGGUCCUCCCUUUCCCAGCGCCAGCUUCGACCGCAUCCUGCUGGACGCCCCCUGCAGUGGCCUGGGCAACCGACCACUGCUGUCGUGCAGCGUAAAGCAGGUCAAAGUUCUGCAAUCCUAUCCCAACAUUCAGCGUCGGCUUUUUGGGCAGGCAGUGCAGCUCCUGCGCCCCGGAGGCAUUCUCGUAUACAGCACGUGCACCGUCACCGAGGCGGAGUGCGAGUGCAUAGUGGCCUGGGCGCUGAGAAAGUUUCCCAAUUUACACCUGUUGGAUGCCACGCCCCGCUGGGGCGGUCCAGGAUUCCAGCUUCCCGAUUUGGAUGCAAACAAGUCGAGGCUGUUGCAGCGCUUUGGACCUAGCGGUGCUAGUGCAGACACGGUGGGAUUCUUCAUUGCCAAGUUUCAGAAAGAUUGAUGAAUUCAUAAAAUUUCACUGAAAUGUUUUGUUUAUUGUGCUCCUUAUUUCGUAGUUUUUCUUUCUUGUUGCUCUUUAUUUAAGCUAAUUAGCGGAAAUACGGAUUGAGCUUCGGUUGCUGAAGUAAUAAAACAAAAAUGACAAAUUCUA